AGGACUAGAAAUGUCAAUCUGAGCAAGGGAGUCCCAAUAAUCUAAAGCAAUCUGUAAGGACCUGACCUUAGUCCAUCCAGAUCAAUAGAAGAAGAAGGAGGAGAAGAAGAAGAAGAAGAAGAAGAAGGAGAAGAGACGAGAGAGCGGAUCCUUCGCACUGGAAAUACUCUCCCUUCCCUCGGCCCUCAUGCUUUGCACACUCUAAGAAACCGACAACAACAACAACAAAAAAAGUGGAUUUUCCUACUUCUCGCUCGCUCUCGCCUCCGCCGCCGGCCGCCAUGUCGUUCCCCCAGCUGGGCUACCAGUACAUCCGGCCCGUGUACCCUCCGGAGCGCCAGGGCAUGGCCGGCAACGCCCGCAGCGCCGCCGCCGCCGCCGCCGCCGCCGCGGCCGCCGCGGAGCUCAGUCCGUCGGGCGCGCUCUCCAACGUGCUCUCGUCCAUGUACGGAGCGCCGUUCGCCGCCGCCGCCGCCGCGCAGGGCUACGGAGCCUUUCUGCCCUACUCCAACGACAUUUCCAUUUUCAACCAGCUGGGCGCCCAGUACGAACUGAAGGACGGCCCCGGGGUUCAGCACGCCGGCUUCCCCCACCACCACCCGGCCUUCUACCCGUACGGCCAGUACCAGUUCGGCGACCCGUCCCGGCCCAAGAACGCCACGCGGGAGAGCACCAGCACCCUGAAGGCCUGGCUCAGCGAGCACCGCAAGAACCCGUACCCGACCAAGGGCGAGAAGAUCAUGCUGGCCAUUAUCACCAAGAUGACGCUGACCCAGGUCUCCACCUGGUUCGCCAACGCCCGCAGGAGGCUCAAAAAGGAGAACAAGAUGACGUGGGCGCCUCGGAACCGAACCGACGAGGAGGGCAACGUCUACCCCAGCGACCACGAGGGCGACGAGGGCGACAAACGGGAGGACGAGGAGGAGAUCGACCUCGAGAACAUCGACACGGAGAAUAUUGAGAGCAAGGACGACCUGGACGAGCAGGACGACCUGCAUUCGGAACUCAAACUGGACGCGAGGAGCGACUCGGAGGGUUCGGACGGCUAUGAGGAUUUACCCGAGCAGAGGUUUCUCAAAGCGGGCCUGCACCAUCACCACCUCCAGAUCCACCACCGCGGCUCCUCCCCGCUGGAGCUCAAAGCUGACGGGGACAAACUCAACUCCUCGGGGCCGGUCGGCUCCCCGCCCUCGGAGAACAGCCAAGCUCCGGCCCAGAAACCCAAAAUCUGGUCGCUGGCGGAGACGGCCGCGGCCCCGGACAACCCGCGCAAGUCUCCGCAAGCCCCCCACCAGCAGCACGGCCUCGUGGCCCCGCACAGACUCCUCGCGUCGUGUCCCGCGGUGGGGAAGAUCCAGACGUGGACGAACCGAGGCUUCUCGGCGCACCAUCUGGCCCUGCUAAACUCCAACCACUACCUGGGCCUGGCCAACCAGGCCGGGGGCGGCCUGGCGCUGUACGGAGGCGGCAAGGGGGCCGCUGCCGGUACCGGUGCGGACUCUGCGCUCACAGGUACCGGUCCGCGACACUGAGAACCGCCGCGUGUGUGUUUGUGGACGCGCAAAACACUCCAAGCCCGCUUCCACUCAUUUUGUUUGUUUUCUUUUUCUCUUUUUGAACUGUCUCUUUUUCCGCCUGGUGAUGGAUCCUUUUCUCCGUAGGCCACACACAGCGCGCGUGCGUGUACGUGCGUGGGUGCAGACCACAAAGCAUUUAAAAACAAUAAUAGUAAUAAUAUUCAUAACGUCCCUAUUUUAAUUUUUACUCUUCGCGCGCCAUGCUCCACUUUUUUUUUGUCGUCUUAUUAUUUACAGCGUACGCCAGCAACAGUCCAAUGCAUUGAUAUGUUCUAAUAAUAGGCAGUACUUACUAUUUAAUAUUUCUGUGGCCGCUCAAGAUGGAAUCUUUAGUGCCUUUUGGCUGCACGGCAGAAAUGUCUUGUUAUUAUUAUUAUUAUUAUUAUUCAAUUCUAGAAAUAAUGUCGAUUCAUUGACAUCUCAUUUUACAAACUUUAUUUCUCAUUGUUUCUUUUUCAAAGGCAACUGACACUUUUUGUCUCUAUUUUUUUUCUAAUUCCCAGGCCUCUUCUUAUGCUUCUUUUUUGCUUUCAAUCUGAAUAUGGAAUGUAAAAUAGAUAAUAAUACCAUCUGUGUAUAGCUACAUUGUAAGCAUGUCCUGUGUAAAAAAAAAAAAACAACUUGCUAAUGUAAUAAUGUAUGAACCCUGUGUGUAGCCUGUGAGUUUUUUUUCUUUUUUUUUUUUUUUUUUUGCUUUUACCCCUUUUCUUUUUUAUUUGUAAGGAUUUGAUGUUGUUAUUUUUUGUAUAUAAAGUUAAGAAUAUGUACAUACUUGUGAACCAAAAUUGUACAAGAAAAGUCUAUAUUUUUGGCUAAUAAUAAAUGAAUUGCUGCAACUUUAAA